UGAUGUAUGCUAUAAAUAGCCCUUUGCCACACAUCAAUUCUCACACAGCGCAGGGCAGGGUCGACUACACUUGUUGAUCUCCUCUCCAAAUUAAACUUGACCCAUACUCCAAAUGGCCAACCCUUCCUAUUUGGAGAUGAGCCCCUUGGGCGUCCUUGUCAGGAGCACCGAGUUCAAGCUUCGGAACCUCUACUUGUCCCACGUCGAUUCACCAGCUUCAGCAGCACCAAACACAAACAGGUCCAAAUUGUUGGGUGUGGGUGUAGAUAUUAGCAUUGGGCUGGGCUCCAAGACCAAGAAUGCUGCCGUAGUUCAUGAUUUGGCGGUGUACGAUGGCGUUGGCCCUGAUAAGAAGCUAGUGGCCCGGGCACAGGGCCUGCGUGCUUCCGCUGGUAACUGGCACAAUUCCUUCUCCAUGGUGUUCGAGGACGAAAGGUUGAAAGGAUCGACGCUCGAGAUAAUGGGAGCAUCCGUUGACAAGGAAGGCGAGUGGGCUAUCGUGGGGGGCACCGGUGUGUUUGCAAUGGCACAGGGUAUCGUCGUUAGGAAGAUUCAUGACAAGGAUGCUGCAAAAGAUACCGUGGAGCUAACUAUUACCGGGUUAUGCACCAAGAAGGUUGUCCCAGCUACUGAUCUGACCAAGAACGGGCCGUGGGGUGGAAACGAAGGCUUUCCUCGUGACACCAAAGAGAAGCCGAUGCGUCUGGAAAGCGUGACCAUCCACUACGAGGGUCUCAUAGAUUCCUUCCAGUUCUCUUACACGGACCAAUCUGGGAACAAGCAGACCGAAGGCCCUUGGGGCGCUGGCGGACCAGUGGGUGCCACCACUGAAACGAUUAUCUUGGGCCCUUCGGAGUUCGUCAAGGAAGUGAGCGGGACCUACGGCAGCACGUUCAACACCACUAACGUGAAAUCCCUCAUGCUGGUCACCAACGUCAAGUCCUACGGGCCCUUCGGGAACCCAAACUACGAUAACGUGCAGGGGACCCCUUUCAGGUUCACGGCGGAGGACGGCAGCGCCGUCGUGGGCUUCUUCGGCCGUUCCGACAGGUUUCUCCACUCGUUCGGCGUUUACACGCUCUAGAUCAUUAUUUUUGAUUUUUCCAGCGUCGUCGGCGCAUCGUACGUGUGUUUUGUGUGGAUUUUCAUAUUUCCCUUCGUUUUGCUUUCCAACGAAUGAUUUAUUUAAGACAAGUGUGUGUGAGUACGUCCGUGCUGCGACACGUGUUUCAUCCUGUUUUUUUUCUUCUGCACUGAUUGUGCCGCGAGUGUUUAUAUAUUAACCCUCCUGUUGUAUUCUUCUUUCUUCUUUUGUGUGAGAAAUAGACCUUCCUUAAGGUUGCAUUGUUUUCUGAUCUUGGGAGUUAAAAUGAUAUAGCUAAAAAUGGAUGCUGA